CCUAACUGACCUGAACACAAUCUGUCAAUACACGGUGAAAGAAAUGAGUUUGCUGCUUUUUACGAAAUCCUUGCGUGUUUUUUGAAGGUGGGAAAUGGACUCGCGCCAGGAGCUUAUGUUUAUUCGCCAGUACUCCACAGAGGACAUGCGGUUUUAAACACAGCGAGUGGGCAAAGCGUUUGCUAGCCAUCGCCAUCUAGCUGGGGUUGUGGAGCGAAGAAAGAAGACAACAGGAUCUAGACGCGCUUACGCAAACCUAUGCGACUCUUACCAGGUGAGAGAUGGAUAUGAGAGAGGUGUACGUGGUGACUGGCAGCUUUGUGGGCUUCCAGCUGUUCUUCUCCUGUGUCAGUCCGGUUCUGUCCACUAACUUCACACAGGGCUACGGAAGAUUACCACCAAACAAACUCAACGACUGGAACUCUAGGCUGGUGUCCACCUUCCAUGCAUUAAUUGUGGGGCUCUUCUGUCUCUAUAUCCUCUGGUACGAUGAUGCUGUCAACAAAGACCCGGUCUGGGGUGAUCCUAACAUAGUUAAGCUCAAUGUGGCCAUCACCUGUGGAUACCUGAUUUAUGAUCUUGUGCUACUAGCUCGUAACUGGAAUACUAUGGGAGAUGUCUUUUUUGUCUGUCACCACUUGGCGGCACUAUAUGCCUAUGGAUUUGUGCUGACACGUGGAGUGCUUCCUUAUUUCGCAAACUUCCGACUGAUUUCAGAAUUGUCAACGCCAUUUGUGAAUCAAAGGUGGUUUUUCGAAGCGUUGGCCUACCCUCGUACUCACCCACUGGUUGUCGCUAAUGGCAUUGCCAUGGCGGUCGUGUUCUUCCUCGUUCGAAUCGCAGUGAUGCCCCCAUACUGGGUUAAGGUUUUUAGCACCUUCGGUACUCCAGCGUUUGAGAGGCUGGGUUUUGGUGCUCAAGUCGCUUGGAUUGUAUCCUGCAUUUGUCUGGACAUCCUAAACAUAAUCUGGAUGUACAAAAUCGCCCGCGGCUGCUAUAAAGUCAUUACUGGCAAGCUGAAAGGACUCAAAGUAGACUCCAGAAAGACCAAUUAUGUGAACAACCACACAGACUAAGCUACCAAUGGGGAUGGAGAAUCAUUCGCAAUAAUGACUUGUAGAUUAAUAAAAGUAUCAGGAUAUACAGUAGCAAGUUCUCCAUCCUUACUAAAAUGGAAGGACGUUCUCUCACAUACGAAUCCCACUGUGUAUCACAAACACACUCUGGCUUUCCCUACAUUGGUGAUGUUAGUUUGUUUGUCAACCAGACAAACAAACCCGUUAUGCCUCGGUUACAACCAAUGUGCCUCAAAGCACAAGAAGAAGCAGUACAACAUGAAUAUAUGAACUUGUGGCCAUGGAAAGUUCAUUGCAUCUCCAUUGUAAAGCCUUGUACUACCAAUGUUCCUAAAACAAUCACAUUGGCCUUGAGAACCUUGCAACCUGAUGUGCCUCAAGUCCUUGGUGGCCUCUGGAUUUGGGCAUUCUCAACUGUGCAGCCUGUCAAGUAUACAUUGCCAUUUUAGUCUGACCCAUUGCAAGAAUACAGGAACCACAGAUCUACCUCUCAAAGGUCACCAUCUGAAGCACAAGUUCAUUUUCUAACUAACUCAGAAUGAACACACGUCUUGAAAGGACAGCCCAUCAAAAUCAAGUACCUACUGUCUUUGUAGUCCAGACCUAAGGCUAGGCUAUACUUUGUUUUUCCAUGUGCCCUUGCAUCUCGUGCACUGUCGAACGCUCUAGCCUUUCAAAGUAUAAUCUUUUGAUUGCGUGCCUGUAGGGACGCAUUCCCUGUAUGGAUGUGUUCGAUGCAUACGCACUAUGACUCCUUUGUGAUACUCCUUAGUACAGUCAACGGCAGGCGCAUACGACGACCACGCGCAAAGACUCGGACUGUCAGGGUGUCUAGAAAAAUUUGGUUGCAUACAGACAGUACAUGCAUAUUGUACUGAUGACGAAAUUUGCAUCACACUCACUGUGUUAGACGUAGCGGCAUGUGGAAAACGAAAGUAUACUUUGGCCUUUAUUGUUGCUCAUUAGUCUUUGUUUCGGAUUUCCAGAAGAAGUUUUCAAUGUUGAAUUUGCUUAAAACAAUGUUUGAAGCUUUCUUGAGUUUCUCUCUUCACUGAAUGUCUAUCAGUUACAUGAGUGAUGUCAAAAAGAUGCUCACAAUACCUGUGUCCAUACAUGUUCUGUCACUGUAUGGUCGAUCUUGAGGUUAUAUUUGCAUUAGAUUCAAGGACACAGCAGUUGUUAUAUCCAUUUCUCACAUGUUUCUAUAGGUCUUUUGAAGACCUUGCAUUUUCUAGACCCUGCAAAGUCCUGAAAAUCUCAAUUUUCCUUACUCUUUUACCUUUUCUGUUGUAUUUUCCCAAGAUGAUCAUCUUGAUCUUACUAAACUGCAAAAUCACAGGUUUUCAAAAUUGUUAUCGCUAAGCAGACAAUUUAAUCGUCAAUUAAAAGGUUUAAGACUUAGGGAAACUUCUAACUAUCCAUCCAUUGUAGCUAAUCAUCCCUUCAUCCAUCUAUCCAUCCAUUCACCCGACCCCACCCAACCCCACCCAUCCAUCCAUCCGACCUCACCCAUCCAUCCAUCCACCCACCCAUCCAUUCACCGAACCCCAACCAUCUACCCAUCCACCCACCUGACCCCACUCAUCUAUCCAUCCACCAACCUGACCCCAUCCAUCCAUCCAUUAUCCAUCCACCCACCCAUUCAACCAUCCAUCCAUCAUCCAUCCACCUGACCCCACCCACCUAUCCAUCCAUCCAUCCAUCCUUCCACCCAACCUCACUCAUCCAUUCAUCCAUCCACCCAGCCCCAACCAUCCACUCAUCUAUCCAUCCAUCCAUCAUCCAUCCACUCGACCCCACCCAUCCAUCCACCCGACCCCACUCAUCUAUCCAUCCAUCAACCUGACCCCAUCCGUCCAUCAGUAAUCCAUCCCCACCCAUCCAUUCAUCCAUCAUCCAUCCACCCACCCGACCCCACCCAUCCACCCAUCAUCAAUCCACCUGACCCCACCCAUCCAUCCACCCACCUCAACCCACUUAUCUAUCCAUCCACCCACCUGACCCUACUCAUCCAUCCGCCCAGCCUACCCCACCCAUCCAUCCACCCACCUCAACCAAUCUCACCCAUCUACCCACCCAGCCCCACCCA